AGUGAGUGAGAGAGCGAGAGAGGGAGGGAGGGAGGGACAGAGAGAGAGGAAACAAGGCAGAGGGAGAGCAUCUCACGCUGGCAUUCAGGCUGCUGUAGCUGAGGCGGACAGGCAGAGCAGGGGGACAGUCAUCUCUACCUCACCCUGGGGAAGCAGUUUCACUCGCGCGCACACACACACACACUCUCUCUCUCCUGAGGAGUCGCGGGGAAAGCUUGGGAGGAGGGGACACGCACACGCCUCGCUUGGCUGCCGCUCCGAGAGUCGAGAACCUCCAGACUCGCAGCCCUUCCUCCGCCUGUGGACAGAUCCACCAGCGGAAGCACACCGGAGACCGGUCGCCCUCGUCCUCUUCAGAUCCGUCCGAGCGCACGCCGCCGCCCACCAACCGCCGCCAUGAACUUCCUGCGACGCCGCCUCUCCGACAGCAGCUUCAUCGCCAACCUUCCCAACGGCUACAUGACGGACCUUCAGAGGCCCGACCCUCCGCCUCCCCCUCCCCCCACGGCCACGGCCCCCGCCGCCGCCGGCCCCGGCCCUGCCACGGCGCCGGGCCCGGCCACCCCCACGACGCCCUCCAUCUCCCCGGCCCCGGAGCGCCGGCCCCAGCCCGUCCAGUCGGCGGGCUCUGGCUUCUUCAGCUCCAUCACCAACGUGGUGAAGCAGACGGCAGCCUCGGCCGGCCUGGUGGAGCAGACGGCCGUUCCCGCCGCCGCGUCCAAGAAGUUCAAGAUCCUGCUGGUGAUCGACGAGCCGCAGCACGAGUGGGCUAAAUUGUUCCGGGGAAAGAAAGUACAGGGGGACUAUGACAUCAAAGUGGAACAGGCUGAGUUCUCAGAGAUCAACCUGGUUUCCCAGGCCAACGGGACCUGCAACGUGGACAUCCAGGUGACCAGGAGUGGAAGCAGAGUGGUGAGGUCAUUCAAGCCGGACUUUGUUCUGGUACGACAGCACGCCUUCAGUAUGGCCCAGAACGAGGACUUCCGCAACAUGAUCAUCGGCCUGCAGUACGCUGGCAUCCCCAGCGUCAACUCACUGGAGUCCAUCUACAACCUCUGCGAUAAACCCUGGGCGUUUGCCCAGCUGAUCAGCACCCAGAAGAAGCUCGGCCCUGACAAGUUUCCCCUCAUCGACCAGACCUUCUACCCAAACUACAAGGACAUGAUCUCCAUGCCCACGUUCCCCGUGGUGGUGAAGAUAGGACACGCCCACUCCGGAAUGGGGAAGGUGAAGGUGGACAACCACAGUGAUUUCCAGGACAUAGCCAGCGUGGUGGCUAUCACCCAGACCUACACCACCACAGAGCCCUUUGUAGACGCUAAGUACGACAUCAGGGUACAGAGGAUUGGCAGCGACUACAAGGCCUACAUGCGAACCUCCAUCUCUGGUAACUGGAAGACUAACACGGGCUCCGCCAUGCUGGAACAAGUAGCCAUGACGGAUAAGUACAAGCUGUGGGUGGACACCUGUGCUGACGUCUUUGGGGGUCUGGAUAUCUGUGCUGUCAAAGCCAUUUGUGGCAAGGAUGGGAAAGAUUACAUCACUGAGGUUGUGGGUUCAUCUCUGCAGCUGAUUGGUGAGCACCAGGCUGAGGACAGGCAGCUAAUCUCAGACAUAGUCCUCACCAAAAUGAACAAGGCGCUACCAAGGACAGCUGCUCGCUCUCCUCAAAGACCCAUAGCAGGCCUGCCACAGAGCGCUGCUCCGAAGGAAGGCCCAGUUGACCCCAGCAAGACUCCAGUCCAGCGGCCCCCACCACCAGGGGGCCCAGUGAGAACUCAGGAGUCAAUGUCUAAGAGUGGGGAGCCUUCAACAGAGCCAGCCCAGAAAGAACCAUGUGCCAAAACCCUCUCCAGUACAAAAAACAGUCCCGGUACAAAAGCCACCCCCAGUACUAAAGCCGACCCCAGUUCCAAAGCCUGCUCCAGUUCAAAGGCCUGCUCCAGUUCAGAGGCCUGCCCCACCGAAACUAGCACCAGCCCCAACUCCUGCUGUAGCCCCAGCCCCAACUCCUGCCCCUGCAGCCGCUCAACCCCUGACCACGCACCAGCACCGGCUCCAGUCCAAUCUCCUCUAGCUGCAGACCCAUUCCCCAUCUUAACCCCGACAGCAGCCCCAGCCCCAGUCUUGGCCCCAGUCUUGGUCCCAGUCCCAGCCCCAGUCUUGGUCCAGCCCCAGUCCCUGUCCCAGCUCCAGCACCCACCACAGAGCAGCCAAAGCCCCAGCCUCAGGUGUCCCCAGCACCUGCUCCUGGGAAGCCCACUGAGCUGCCUCCAAGCCGCUGCCUCCCAAGCCGCUUCCUCCCAAACCUGUGCCUCCAGUACGCAGGAAUUCCAAACCACAAAUCCAGCCAAAGCCCCAGACCCCACCUCCCCCAGAGCCAUGCCCAAACCUCAGCCAGAGGGCUCCGAUUCACCCCUAGUCCCAACACAGGUGCAGUCUACAACAAAGGUCCAACUCCAGUCUCAAUCCCAAGCUAAGCUGCAGUCACCACCUAAAGCUCAGCCCCAGACUAAGGCACCGUCCCCCAGAGCAAACCCCAACCCCAGCCCCUGCCCCUGUCCAGCCCCAGCCCCAGCCAAUGCCCCUGACCCCGCCCCAGCUCCAGAGCCAGUGGCCGGCCCGGCCUCAGCCCAGGCUGAAGCCGAGCCUCCUGUUGAGGAGCAGCCUACAGCCCAACCGAAGACUCAUCCACUGCUCAACAAAUCACAGUCCCUGACCAAUGCCUUCAAUGCCAUCAGUGACACCUCUUUCUUCCGCUCGGGUAACGAGGACGAGGCCAAGGCAGAGACCAUCCGGAACCUGCGCAAGUCCUUCGUCAGCCUCUUCUCCGACUAACUGCAGCCCUGUUAAAUGCCUGGGGAUUGGGGCCGAUGAUGACAUGAUUGACAUGAGUGUGACCCAGUCUGAGAUUAACUGUGUGUUAACUUCCUGUAUACAUCCCUCCCUCCCCCACAGCUUCUCUGUCUCAGUGUCAGUGAAGCCCAGUUGAGUGUUAAUGUACAGUGAUGGUUCUGGCUCCAGGUACGUCUGUCUACAGCAAGGUACCAUAGCCCUCGUCCAAAACCUUGAAGUCUGUCCAUGUGAGAGGAGAAUGAUACUACCUUCCUAUGCAUGGCUCCAUCACAGUCGUGGUUGUGGAGCGUGAGGGAUAUCAAUGUCGAGUUCAACCCCCAUUGCCUCUCUAGAUGUUGUAGCCUUAUUGUGACAGUGUCUGUUUUCUCACGGCCAGAUAAGAGGCUGUGUCUGGUGACCCUUGUUUAAGCCCCCAUGUACUGUGUAGACAUCUGCAGUAGUGUGGUUUGUUCCUUCUUCUCAUAAAGACAUUGAGACAGUUUGUGCAAUAACACCUCAGUGUGACUGUAGACUACAGUCACUCCCAUAAGCAGUACCUCUCUUUCUAUCCCUCUCCCCUUUUCAAGAUACUGUUAACUGGUCAACCGUAACUGGUCAAUUUCAACUAAGUUGUCGUGUUUCUCGAGAUGAAUGCUUCCAGUGUAUGUAAAGGAAGCUGGGUGUCAAGCAGUUUCCAUCAUGUCAGCUUACCCACGAAUGCCACAUGUUGUUUGCAGUCAAUUCUAAAAUAGUGUAUUGUAUUUAUGUAUCUGUCAUCUCAGGAGUUUAUUUUGUUAUUGACAGUAUAUUUGGGUUUAUUUGUUUGGCUCCAUAUAGUUCAGUUUGUAUACUGCUUUGCAUGAUCCGGUGACUAAUGUUUUCUGUACAGAUGUCAAUAAAUAUGUGGCCCAUUG